GAUAUCCAGCCACAGAGAGAGAGAGAAAACACGCACUGAUCAUGAAAGCAAAUCUGGUAGAUGUCAAGAAAUCGCUGCCUUGAUGUUGGAUCUAGACAUAUUUGAUCUUUAAAAGUGGUAUAAAACUAACCCGGACCACAUUCUCAGGACAAAAUAAUAAAACUCAAAACUGUGUUUCACUACUGGAAAGUCAGUUUUAAACACGUGGACGCCUGAAUGCAUCCUUCGUUCAGAAUGAGACCCGACGGUCACGAUAUCUGUAAGGAAAUGAGGUAACUGAAUAAAACACUUGUGGGCUAAUGGAUGACGGUGUGUGUGUGUUGAGGCGCGCGCUGCUCUGCGCUUCAUUGUGAAGGGGCGACGACAGGAAGUGGCUGCUGCUGCUGCUGCUAACGGGAGAUCAGCUGUUUGCGGAACUGUCACCGAGCACAACAAACCUCCUCAAAGAAGCUCCGCACCGUGGCUCCAGAGUGCCGUCGGGAGUGCGCGCUAGAAGGUUCGUCUGAGUGACACCAUGUGGAAGUCACGUGAACGCGCAGGAUGAGGCCUGAGCUCAGUGUGUUCCAGGCCGGGGCUCCACCGCAAUGAACGCCACCACUCACCCUCCUCCUCCUCCCGGCAUCGACGGCGACCUGGCGGUGGGUUAUGUGCUGGUGCCGUUUUUCCUCAUCACCGUGGCCGGAGUCGCCGCAGCUGUGGUAAGUGGUGACCUGCACCGACUUGACCCCUGCCCAAGUGGUCACCGCAGACAGUCCAGGUCAUUCCACGCAGCUCACCUGAAACAUGACACACCAGCAUCAUUUGAUGUUCAAAACAACGAUUCCGUGUUUGUGUUUCAGGUCAUGUACCUUCGCAAGAGAAGGAGGGUGGACCGGCUGCGUCACCAACUGCUGCCCAUCUACACGUACGACCCCUCGGAGGAGCUGAACGAAGUUGAGCAAGAGUUGCUGUGGGGAGAGGACGACACAAGGAUUGUUCAAGGUUGGGCCAAAGGCUAUCAACAAAGGCGUCCUCUUCUGACCAAAGAUGUCAAGGCGUGAACACUCUUGACUGGAAGCGGCGAGACUGUCGGACGCGCCUUAUUUAUUCUCAUAAUUUAUUUGUUUGUCACUGAUUCAUUGAGAGAAUAGUUGUGGUGUGGGUUCACGCUGAGGUGUCAAUGCUGUGCACAAACCUUUCCACUGGUUUUGUUUUCUGGAGUUUUUCUGUCCUGGAGUAUCAACCACUCACGUGCACCACUUGAUGAUGAUAAUUCCUCACUGACUGAAGCGGAACUACACACCCACUCUCCGCGGCGGCGAUGAUCCCACGUUGUUUUUGGUGAAGCCAAAUUGGAUGACUCCUUCCCAUGGCAUGAGGAGUCAGAUCUGGAAGUUAUCCGUCCACCCCCGGGAUUACAGAUGACUGGAUCCUCAAGAAUGUCCUGUCAACAAGACGGGGCAGCAGUGAAGGUGAAUGCCAGAGGUUUGACUAAAGCAUCAAGGGCGCUUCGCUACCUUUCCUUCAUGACUGGACGCCACUUGCAAUGUGUUGAGUUUACUGCCGAGUUAAGAGUCACUUCACGUCCUGCACGUGUGAUGAGAGCUUAUUUUUAAAUGCAUCAAACGUUGACGUAUAUUUUACCCAGACGCCUUUUACAUCUUCUCAAGAAUGAGUCAUCGGUUCAUAAUAAAGAGGCCUUGAUGUGACUGUGCUGAGUUACUGCUGUGAAACAAGCGUAGAUUGAUGGUGAAAGGAAAUAAACUAAUUUGAGUUCAA